CUAAAAAAAGUCGAUGCAUCGUGAAGUUGUGCAAAUCACAAUCACAGCACAUCGACUACUACUACCGGUAGUAAGUGUGGAGAGCAGGAGAGUUGAAAGGCUUCCGGCGGCAUGGCGGCAUCGACGACGGCGAUGGCGUCGAUGCCGCCACUGAGCGAUAGAGGAGCCAUAGCCACGUGGACUGGCCAUCAACAACGGGAGAAAUCAAGGUUGCUUGUUAGAAAGGAGGGUGCCCAGUUCUUUUGCAAAUGCGAAACGUCGACAUUCGUCGUUGGCUUGCAGGGAGCUCCUGAUCCUGAUGGCAGCGGCACCCAUGGCGGGAAGCCCCCCAUGGGUGCCCUUCCCGCCAUGGGUGCCCAUCGGCAUGCCCCCCAUAGGUGCCCAUCGGCAAUAUCGAUAAUCUGCAGGUUCCGGCGCAAGCUGACGUGGGCAGAUCGGCAGCUGACGUGGCCAGCUCGGCAGAAGCAGGGAGCAGAUCUCUGCCGCAAGCCGUUGGCGGCGGGUACCAAUCCAUGGGAGAGGAGGGAAAUAAGACGGGUUGAGCGAGCGGCUAGGAUGAGCGGGAACGGCAUUGGCGGGAACGACAUUGGCGGGAACGGCAUUGGCGGGAGAGUAUCGGCGACGGCAUUGGCGGGAGAAAGGGAACAUGGUAAGAAGGUGGGAAGGGGUAUGGCGGGAUCAAACACCGCGCCAUGGCUACAGUGGUUGGGGGACCAAGCUGUUAAGCUUGAGGACGCCGGUGCGAUUCCGUGCAGGGUCGGAUGUCAGGAAAUACAGAAAACGUGUAGUGAGGAAGAGGAGGCGGAGGAAGAAGGAAAGAAGGGAUUGAGGGAGAUGCCCGCUCUUCCUUCCAGCGCUGACGUGGCCUCCGAGGCCGAGGAAUUGGCGGCGGGUGAAGGCGUCUUUAACUGGCUUCGAGCUUGGUAUCCCGUGGCUAUGGCGGAUAGUCUCGACACGAGACUGCCGCAUGCCCGAACCAUUCUAGGGCGACGCUUGGUUCUGUGGUGGGACGGCAAGAUCGGCAAGUGGCAGGCUUUCCUGGACAUGUGCCCCCACAGGCUGGCUCCGCUGUCAGAAGGCAGGAUCCACGAGUCCGGCGGCCUGCAGUGCUGCUACCAUGGCUGGGUGUUUGACGGAACAGGGGCGUGCACACUCAUCCCGCAAGCGCCCAAAGAUGGCGACGAAACUGCUGAAAAGCAGGGGCAGAGAUCGAACUCCGAGUUGGUUAAAAUGCCCCAGUCUUGUGCAGUCGCCUACCCUUGCAAAGAACACCAAAGAAUGAUAUGGGUGUGGCUCGAUGCGGAUGCAAAGCAGGAGGCGGAGGCCAAUCCGCCUCCCACUGUCCCAGCCAUUGAUGACGACUACUACUGGAAGGACAUCUCCAUGCGUGAAUUUCCUUAUUCCUACGAGACAUUGACGGAGAAUUUGGAGCAAGAGGAGAGUGUCGCCGCUAUACUGAGAGAAAGAAAGGAGAAGAAGGAGGCCAAGAAGAAGGCCCUGUUGGAAGUACAGGCGGCGAAGAAGAAGAAGCUUAAGGAAAAGACGGAGAGGGUGAAGAGAGAAGAGGAGGAGCAGCUUAAAGAAGUAGAAGAAGAAGAAGAGGAGGAAGAGGAGAUGCCCCUGUUGAGGACUGGGAGGAGAGAGGAAAGAGGGGAGUCCAGUGGGACCAGUGAAGAUGAUAAGAAACUGGAGAAGAUGGUGUCGGAAUGGGUGGCUAAUUUAUCCCUGGGGGAGGAUGAAGAAGCAUUGAUGUACAUCCCCCAAGACGAGAGGGAUGCUGCAGUGGGAGAGAUAAAGGCCUUGAAAGACCCGUUAGAGCAGCAGGCUCUAGAAGGCGAGAAAAAAAUGGAGUGGAAGUUGCGAUUGAGAAGGCAGAGGAGGAGGCGCAUAGCGGCGGCCACCGAGCAAGAGAAGGAAUUGGUUGCCGCAGCAGAGCAACAUUUAAAUGCGCUAGCACAAGGGGACUUGCAGAGUAAGGUGGAUGUGAUAGCGAAAAGUAUAGACAUAUUGAUUCGCGUCCAACAGGAGCAAAUGCAUGCCUCCAGGGGCCAUGACGUAGCCCUACAGUCCAUCCAAGUAGGCUUUAGAGAUUUCGCUCAUGAUAUGAUGAUGCGGAUGGGCUCUGAGAUGCAGGCCCGCAUAAAGAACACAAAACAGUUUUGUGUUGGCACCAUAGAGGGCGUCAAGAUUGCAGCCCCAAAGGAGGAGGAGGCACGCUCGUGUAGGGAACGAGUCAAAGUCAAGUUUCCUGACGCCUAUCGCGGGAAGCAAGGGGAAGACUUCGAUAAUUGGGAGGCCAUCAUCAAUUCCUACGCGGCGAAGAUGAAGAGAUUGGAGGAGGAGAUGAAGAGGGUACAACAGGAGGAGGAAGAAAGAAGGAAGGCUGUUGAAGCAGAAGCGGCAGCAGAAGAAGAGAAAGAGAGAAUGAGAAUUGAGAGUGGGGAAGGAAGUAGUGGUGGCACGAUGAAGUGGGAGACAUAUAUUGAGCUGGAGAAGAAGAUCAGUGAGUGGGUCGCUAAUUUAUCGUUGGGGGAAGACGAGGAGGCGGAGUCAUAUGUGACUAAGGAUGAGAAGGCUGCGCUGGCCGCUGAGCUAGCAGCCAUGACAGACCCAAUGGAACGAAGAGAGAGGGAAGACGAGCAAAAGUUAGCAUGGAAGUUGAGAAUGAAGAGGGAGAAGAAGAGGAGGAGAGAGGAAGUGAAUAAGAUGACCGCAGCAGUGGCAAAGGUGCAGGAGUGUGGAGCGGAGGUGCUGGCCCAACCAGAUGAUAAGGCCAAGUGGGACAAAGUACUGGGCUAUCUAGAGGUGUUGAGCAAGGCCUGGAUGGAGGAGCGCCAGGCAAGCUGGAGCCAGGAUGUAGCGUUGAGUGCCAUGCGGUCCGGGUUCAGGGAUUUUGCGCGCGAAAUCGUCACCCACAUUGGGGGCGAAGUCAAACAGUUGAGGGACAACGUAGGGAAGUUUUGUGAGGGCGCCAUUCAGCGUUGUAUGAAUGACCUGUUUAGACCAUGGUUAGAUAAGUUUGUAGUAGUCUWUCUAGACGAUAUCSUAGUUUUUAGUAAGACCCUCCAGGAGCAUCAGGGUCAUCUGAGGCAGGUCUUGGAGAAGCUUAGAGAGGCUAACUUCAAGAUCAACGCGAAGAAGUGCGAGUGGGCCAAGACGCAAGUUUUGUACUUGGGCCACGUAUUAGACGGGGAUGGAAUCAAGCCAGAGGACAGCAAGAUCGCGACGAUUAGAGAUUGGCCGACGCCCCGCACAUUGACAGAGUUGCGGUCGUUCCUAGGCUUAGCUAACUACUAUAGGAAGUUCGUGAGGAACUUUUCCAAUAUCGCCGCUCCCUUGCGCCGAUUGCUGAAGAAGGAGGCAGUCUGGCAAUGGGACAAAGACUGUACUUUUGCGCUCAAGAAGCUAAAGCGCGCGUUAAUGGAAUAUCCUGUCCUCAAAGUUGCAGAUCCGUCUUUGCCAUUUGUUGUCACCACGGACGCGAGCCAGUAUGGGAUAGGCGCCGUGUUGCAGCAAGACGACGGCAAUGGCUAUAGACCCGUAGAGUUCAUGUCAGCGAGGAUGCCCUGUGAGAAGGUUGCUGCCUCCACGUACGAGAGAGAACUCUACGCUCUCAGGCAGGCUUUAGAUCAUUGGAAGCACUACCUACUUGGGAGGCACUUCAAAGUGUAUUCGGACCACGAAACGCUUAGAUGGUUAAAGACUCAGGCCAAGAUGACACCUAAGUUGACUAGGUGGGCCGCARAGAUAGACSAAUUCGACUUUGARCUCAAGCCAGUGAMGGGCAAGUACAACGUAGUUGCGGAUGCUCUGAGUAGGAGAUCAGACUACUUUGGAGCUGUAGUACACUAUCUGGAUAUAGGGAGAGACCUGCAGGAGAAAGUGGACCCGGCCCAUAUAAAUUUUGCACACCAUAAUAUGUGGGGUGGUGGCAGACGCGACUCAACCACACGUUGGAAUCUCCGGCUUAACAAAGUUUCUCCCUCUUCUGUUGAAGCAAUGGAUGAAAGCGGGGUGAGAGUGGCGUUUAUUCCCCCAAUUCUUGUGUUAACUAAGGACCCAUUGGUAAGCCAAGCAGACUCAGACAGGGAGCGACCUUAUCCAGUCAUCCUGGCAUGGUAUUGCACACCAGUGGACCCCGGGCGGAGCCGUCUUUUCUGGGCGGUGAUGGUUGGGGUUGUGCCUAAGUUUGCCCGAAAGAUGCCUAUUUGGUUGGUUCAUGUCUUCUCACAGCUGCGAGUGCUUGACAGCGACUUGAUGAUAUUAUAUUGGCAGGACAGGAUGAGGGGCUACAGGAGGUUGGAAGCCAGAAGCAAUUGGAAAUCUGACUACCACAUGCCCACGGCUGCUGAUGCACUUGUGGUAAGCUUUUGGAAAUGGCUAUAUGAACAAGCUGGAGGAUCGCCUAUGUGGCCAAAGGGUACGGACCAGUCGUUGCCGAUCAGAAAAGACACAGACAGAGAGCUGUUGAUGGAGAGGAAGAAAUCUCAUGUCGAUCAUUGUACAUCUUGUCGAGGGGCCUUAGAGAACAUCGAGGUCGCAAUUGUGGUGCUUCAGACUCUGUCAAUUAGUCUGGUCAUGUCAGUAGUGGCAGCAAUUGCAGCUCAAGUAGCCCUCGCUGGUCAUGUUGGUGCAAGCAUUGUCCUUUUCGCUGGGUUUUGUGCUUUGGUAUCUGUAGGCCUACGAGCCUUAAGAAACAAAUUUUUCUACCAGCCCUUUGUCCAGGGACUGUGGGAAUGAGCCGCUCAAACGAGCACGAUAAUCUCUCUCCAACCUCUUUCACACACACACACACACACACACACACACACACACACACACACACACACACAGUUUUAUUCGUUUUUGGCGUUGUGCAGUUGGGUUGCUCACACAGUGUUGCCUGGUGCUUCACUGAGUUGUUGCCUGCUGCUGUGUUCCGCUUGUGGACAGUCUGCCUUCAGCAAGCGCCAAAGGGUCCAUGACCCAAACAAUCAAUACUGGGAUUCCGC